AUGGAGUUGCAGACUCUACAGGAGGCUCUUAAAGUGGAAAUUCAGGUUCACCAGAAACUGGUUGCUCAAAUGAAGCAGGAUCCACAGAAUGCUGAUUUAAAGAAACAGCUUCAUGAACUCCAAGCCAAAAUCACAGCUUUGAGUGAGAAACAGAAAAGAGUAGUUGAACAGCUACGGAAGAACCUGAUAGUAAAGCAAGAACAACCAGACAAGUUCCAAAUACAGCCAUUGCCACAAUCGGAAAACAAACUACAAACAGCACAGCAGCAACCACUGCAGCAGCUACAGCAACAACAGCAGUACCACCACCACCACGCCCAGUCAGCUGCACCCUCUCCCAACCUGACCGCUUCACAGAAGACUGUAACUACAGCUUCUAUGAUUACCACAAAGACACUACCUCUCGUCUUGAAAGCAGCAACUGCGACCAUGCCUGCCUCUGUUGUGGGCCAGAGACCUACCAUUGCUAUGGUGACCGCCAUCAACAGUCAGAAGGCUGUGCUCAGCACUGAUGUGCAGACCACACCGGUCAACCUCCAGACGUCUAGUAAGGUCACUGGGCCUGGGGCAGAGGCUGUCCAAAUUGUGGCAAAAAACACAGUCACUCUGCAGGUUCAGGCAACACCUCCUCAGCCCAUCAAAGUACCACAGUUUAUCCCCCCUCCUCGACUCACUCCACGUCCAAACUUUCUUCCACAGGUUCGACCCAAGCCUGUGGCCCAGAAUAACAUUCCUAUUGCCCCAGCACCUCCUCCCAUGCUUGCAGCUCCUCAACUUAUCCAGAGGCCUGUCAUGCUGACCAAGUUCACCCCCACGACCCUCCCUACCUCCCAGAAUUCCAUCCAUCCCGUCCGUGUCGUCAAUGGGCAGACUGCAACCAUAGCCAAAACGUUCCCUAUGGCCCAGCUCACCAGCAUUGUGAUAGCUACUCCAGGGACCAGACUCGCUGGACCUCAGACUGUACAGCUUAGCAAGCCAAGCCUUGAAAAACAGACGAUUAAAUCCCACACGGAAACAGAUGAGAAACAAACAGAGAGCCGUACCAUCACUCCACCUGCUGCACCCAAACCAAAACGGGAGGAGAACCCUCAGAAACUUGCCUUCAUGGUGUCUCUAGGAUUGGUAACACAUGACCAUCUAGAAGAAAUCCAAAGCAAGAGGCAAGAGCGAAAAAGAAGAACAACAGCCAAUCCAGUAUACAGUGGAGCAGUCUUUGAGCCAGAGCGUAAGAAGAGUGCAGUCACAUACCUGAACAGUACAAUGCAUCCUGGGACCCGGAAGAGAGGUCGUCCUCCAAAAUACAAUGCAGUACUGGGGUUUGGAGCCCUUACCCCAACAUCCCCCCCAUCCAGUCAUCCUGACUCCCCUGAAAAUGAAAAGACAGAGACCACAUUCACUUUCCCUGCACCUGUUCAGCCUGUGUCCCUGCCCAGCCCCACCUCCACAGACGGUGAUAUCCAUGAGGAUUUUUGCAGCGUUUGCAGAAAAAGUGGCCAGUUGCUUAUGUGUGACACGUGUUCCCGUGUGUAUCAUCUGGACUGCUUAGACCCUCCUCUGAAAACGAUUCCCAAGGGCAUGUGGAUCUGUCCCAGAUGUCAGGACCAGAUGCUGAAGAAGGAAGAAGCAAUUCCAUGGCCCGGAACUUUAGCAAUUGUUCAUUCCUAUAUCGCCUACAAAGCAGCAAAAGAAGAAGAGAAACAGAAAUUACUUAAAUGGAGUUCAGACUUAAAACAAGAGCGAGAACAACUAGAGCAGAAGGUGAAACAGCUCAGCAAUUCUAUAAGUAAAUGCAUGGAAAUGAAGAACACCAUCCUGGCCCGGCAGAAGGAGAUGCACAGCUCCCUGGAGAAGGUAAAACAGCUGAUCCGCCUCAUCCACGGCAUCGACCUCUCCAAACCCGUAGACUCUGAGGCCACUGUGGGGGCCGUGUCCAACGGCCCGGACUGCACCCCCCCUGCCAUUGCCGCCACCUCCACGCCGGCCCACUCCCCCUCCUCCCAGAGCUGCACAGCGAACUGUACCCAGGGGGAUGAGACUAAAUAACAGAGCCCCGCGAGGAGAAGCCACGGGAUCCCGGCGGCAAGGAGAGCAAAAACACUGAAGACUCUAGAAAA